AUGAUAUGAGGAUGAUUUAAAAAGAAGAAAGAUCAAAAACAAAACCCCGAGGAAGGGGCAAAAAAAAGUAAAUAAAGAAAGGUGUGGCUUUACACACUGUAGUUAUUAUAGUCCCCUUCAAGGGUAAGAAUCUUUGGCCCCCAAACACUACAUUAUCCACCAAAUCAUUUUCCGGGUUCCUCUCAUUUUUAAGCAGAAGACAAUGAAAACAGGUCUGUAAGAUCUGCAAGUAAAGAAGAGAGAUUAAGCAAGCAAAGCUACAAUGGAUUUGGUUCAGCUCCAGAGGCAGUUUGUUGACUACACAACCUCACUCUUCAAUGAGGGUUUCUUGGAUGACCAAUUUAACCAACUCCAGCAGCUUCAAGAUGAGAGCAACCCAGAUUUUGUGGUUGAAGUUGUGUCUCUUUUCUUUGAAGAUUCUGAGAGACAUCUCAAUGAGCUGACUCAGUCUCUUGAACAGCAGAACAUAGAUUUCAAAAGGAUAGAUGCCCAUGUUCACCAGUUGAAGGGCAGCUCCUCUAGCAUUGGUGCACAAAGAGUUCAAAAAGAGUGCAUUAACUUCCGAGGCUAUUGCGAGGAGAAGAACAUUGAAGGGUGUCGUAAAUGUCUCCAACAAGUGAAACAUGAAUAUGUCCUUGUGAAAAACAAGCUCGAAACCCUUUUCAAGCUCGAACAACAGAUCAUCGCGGCUGGAGGGUCGAUCUGAGAGAAGAAAAACCAGAUGGAGCUAAAUGGGAUUUUGGCAACAUAAAGAAUGGAAGAUAUAUAUAUAUAUAUAUAUAUAUUUUUUUUUUAUUGUAUUUUCUGUUUCUUGUUCCAUUUUUAGCUGAUUUCUUAAGCUAUUUGAUGAAGGGUUGUACCUACAUUUUGGAGAUUUAGCUUGGAUUGUAUCCGUUGUACAAGCAAUGACAAAGAAUGUGAAUAAACAAACCCCUUCGUC